AUGGCUAUGGUAACUUCCUCAAAUGAAUUUUAUGUUGAAAGCAAUCAAUUCCCAAACGGACCAACCAGCAGGACUACUUCAGAACAAUCCGUGGGUAUGUUUAAUAAUAACUUUGAAGGAACGCUUCAGUCGCUUAUGAACGUUCAAAAACAGAUAUCAGAUAUGAACCAUGUUAUUAAGCAAAAAGAUGAGGAAAUAAAACAGUUAAAAGAAGAAAACGAUAAAUUGAAAAAAGAGAUAAAGCAAUAUGCAUCCUCCAAAUCUACUGAUCAUCUCGUAACAGGACGUAACAAUGGACAUAAAAUAGAUGAAUUGAAAAGAGCCGUUGGGAAAGUUAUUGAAGAAGUCCUAUCAUCAGAGCAUCCAACCCGGCCCAUCCAAAGGACCACCUACAAUCCUGCAUCAACAGCGCCUACAACAUCCACCACCAUUCAUCCCGUUUCCAUUCAAGUUUCAAACCCUGAUGUUAAUAACCCGUUAGCUUCCACAAAUGAUUCUAAACCUAUUACACCUAUUCUUCCAGACGAAUCUACGGUAAUUGCUGGUAACCACAUGAAUCCCUCCAGUAACAAUAAUCAAGAACCAAACUUUGAGUAUGGUUCCAGGCCUUCUGAUCAAGAUAUUGUCAAUCAAGCGACGAACGAAGGUCAACGACAUCGUUAUACUCAACAUACGAUUUUCGUUUCAUGGCCUGGUACGAUGUCAAUAGAUAAUUUACGCGAACUAUUUGACAGUCAAGAUAUUGAAGAUAUUCGCUACAUGACGCAAAAACAAUUUGCCCACGUGGAUAUGAAAUCUGAACAAGCUAUGCAAAAGGCUUUAGAUGAAGAACGAAUCGCAAGAUACACGUUCAACAAUCAUAAUAAUCAUCAUAACAAUCAUAACAACCAUAAUGCCCCUUACCUUAACAACACUUCACCUGAGAAUGAAAACGAAGGUAUUAAAAAAUGGAGUAGUAAUCCUUAUACAGAAAGUGGCGAUCAACAAAAUGGUUCAGCCUUUGGUCAAAAACAAGAACAUAUUAAAUCAAAUGGAGAGAUGGUUUGA